CGUUAUUGCCCCGUCCACGUGGCUAAGUGCAAGCUUGUCCCGUGAUUGGUCAAUGAAUGCACAACACGCCAGCUCUGUAUAAUGGCGGGUUGGCGAAGCAUCUGCGAAGCAUAUGCGCCGUCAACGUGGCUAAGUGCCAGGUUGUCGUGCGAUGGUCGAUGAAAACCCGGCCCGUCCGUCGUCCGUAUCUCUUCUCUCCCGUCUUUCUCGACGCCCGCGAUGACGUUGCCGCGAAGUGCCAUCUCAUUCCCGCCAAUUCCUGAAGGCAGUCUUCAGCAGCAGCUGGAAGACAUGGCCGCGGAUAUCAGGCGCAUGCGCGUGGAUGAGCGUUUUGCGGACGUGAUUUUCGUCUGCGAUGGCGGGAAAGAGGUGCGCGCCAAUCGAGCCGUUUUGGCGGCGAGGAGCGAGUACUUCUGCAAGCUUCUGUACGGCGGCAUGCUUGAGAGMUGCUCGUCCCUGGUACGCCUUCCCGCCGUCAGAGCCGAGACGUUGGAAACCGUUUUCGACUUUCUGCACGGAAUUCCGCUGACACCGACGGCUUGUGCGGAGGACAUGCUGGAUAUAUACUGCCUGGCGGAGCAGUAUACUAUCCAAGGGCUGUGCCAGCUAGUCUUGCAUUUCGUCCCCGCCGCCGUCUCCACGGCGCGGCAGGUGGGAGAAUGGUUGAUCCUGUCGAUCAGCAGGAAGGCGGAGGCGGUAUCCACGCUACUCGUGAGUGUGUUUGACAAGAAAGUYAACUUCGCUAACAGCACCUUUGAGGGGUGGAACAUGGCGGCUGUGGAUUUCUGUCUGGAGCACUCGCAGACGCUGAAGCAGAGGAGCGGCGGGGCCGGGAUCCCAGACGCCAUAUCCGAAACGCUGGUAGCUGAGUCGGUCUUAGCAGCCGCGGCAGUCCGCAGUGGUGGCGGCAUCGCAACUCUGUCCCGUCUAUCCGCCUUCUCCUCUCCAACUGCGAAGACGAAGAGCGAGGAGGAGCAGGAGAAGGAGCAGGAGAAGGAGCAGGAGAAGGAGCAGGAGAAGGACGGAAAGGAAGAGGAGAAGGAUAAUGACGAGUUGGAACAAUUGAUCGCCAUCUUCGGUCGCCACAUCCGUAUUAACUCCAUUAGCACGGCCUUCAUGGUGGACACGAUGGAACCUCUCGGCAUUUUCCCGGAGAGAUGGUUUCUUGACGGGUAUCGAUCCAAGGCUAUGGAGAAGAUAGGGCCACCUGCGGACGUGACCCUUCUCGUUGAGACUAUGUUUCGAUUCGUCUCCGGGAAUGAGAUGAUCGCGACGAUCCUGAGGAGUCCGCCAUCGCCAUCGCCAUCGCCAUUGCCAUUGCCAUCGCCAUCGCCAUCGCCAUCGCCAUCGUCGUUCCGGUGCCGCGUGUGCUGCACCAGCGGUACUCAUCAAAUCGCGAGAUUGCCGGUGCCAUUGGGAUCGGGACGACACUUCUGGAAAUUGACUAUCGUUUCUUACUGUGAUGCGACUUGGGUCGGGGUAGCGGACAAGACGGUCGACACCCACCCGCUCUCUUGGUACGACAAGGAGCACACUGGGAGGUGGUUGUACGGAUCACACGGCAAGUGUUGGCAUGCGGCUGAGGGGACAGGGUUUCCACUGAAACUUCAAUUCCGAUCUGCAGGGGAGUCCAUCAUCGUCAUCGUCGAUAUGAAAGAACGAACAAUGACUGUUGCUCAGGAUUUGGAGUCUUAUAACGAAUACCCUCGGGAUCGGAGUUACCCUAUCGCUUUCCGAGACCUGUCUGCCGUAGUUUUUCCCGCUGUCUCCUUGAUGACUCCAGGCUGUGUGGAGAUGGCGUGGCUGAAAUCCAUCGAUACAUAGAUGAUGAUCACUUCCAUGUAUUUUUCAAUACGAUCUGUGUUCGGGCGAUAUCCAAUUCGAUUCGCGGAAUUUGAUCGGUACGUACAGUCUUCCCCCGAACACAACGCACCCUUAUUUUGGCUGUAUCUGGGCGGAAAUAUAGCUUGUAUACAGUCAUUUUUAGGGUGCGUUAUGUUCGGCGGAAGACGGUAGUGUUUCAAUCGAUUCGCUGAAUCCGGUUGAUUGAUAGGUUUUCAAUAGACUCGGGGUCUGCGAGAUAUGCUCAUUUGCAGGUGUUCAAUAGUUUCCUACCAAAAAAAACCAAAAAAAAAAAGUUUCCUACCACCGUCAGGGAACUUGGAUCGAUCGGUACCUCGGUAGUUUUUUAGUCCAUUCGCUGAAUCCGGUUUUCAUAGACAGGUCUUCAAUAGAUUCGGGGGUCUGCGAUAUGCUCAGUUGUAUUCAGAGUGUCUUUCCGUCUUCCCCCAAAUAGAACGUGAUAAGGCCAUUAUAGCCAUAUUUGGCUCGCCUUUUAGUCCAGACGCAGCAGAAAUGACCGUUCGUUCUGUUCGGGGGAAAAAGGGUAGGUAGGGGUUGGUCAAGCUUUUGGCCACCCUAGCCCAUCGAGUGCUGUACCUCUUUUGCAAUGAAGAUCACAGGUUCUA